GGUUUUUUUACUUUGAUUAAAGAAAAAAAUAAUUAAUUAGAAAAGGGGGGUGUUGACCACGAAUUGAAGAGUCGUGAUCACGACUGCAGCCUGUGGGUAUAACUUGCUUUGCUGCCAACAGGCAGGAGCCAGCACCACGUUUUCUUCUUUAAUUCUCUGCCUUUUGUUCUCCCAUGUUUUUCUGCUGCACACCGGCAUUCCUGAUCUUUAUGAUCUGAUUCUACUCGCUGGCGAACACUUUCUUCACAUUUUUCAAACAAUAAGAGUUCAUACCGCCGAAUUCCCUUGUCAUAAAAGACCUCACUGCGCUCAUUUGUCCCGUCGUCUUUGUUCGCGACUCAGUAGCAACCGAUCCCCCAGAACACCCAUCGUAGCCAGAAUCUUGCAGCAUGGACUUUCUCGAGCAGAAUUCAUCGGGAAAUAUGGCAACCAUAAUCACGACAGGGGACGAUUCUUCAAGACCUAAAUGGGGAUGCUUUCAAUCGACUGCAGCUCUCCCUCAUGCCGGGUCAUGCAAUUCCUUCCCCGACCUAGUUAAUGAACCCAACACCAGUCCUCUAAACUACGCAAAUCUUUGGGAGAUCCAGCUUGAGCUCGGCGAAAUCCCAGAUAUGAUGUCCAACAACCUGCUUGAGCCCUGCUCUCCCUUGUACUUUGCUCGGGGCGAAUCCCGAUCGUCUUUUGCCUCAUCAAGUAAGGAUUACUGCCUCGAUCGAGAUGUAUUGGAAGAUGAACAGGAGGAGUACGACGUGGAAGAGGAGGACGGAGUACUCAUGCUACAUCUAGGUGAGGUUAGCUGCGAGAUAGAGCCUCCUAUGCAAACUGAGGAUAUUCUGCCAUCCAUGUCCUUUCUCGAUCUCAUGGACAUUUUGGGUGCAGGGGUUGGUCAAGCAGAAGACGGAAACGGAGAGGAAGACGAAGAGGAAGAGGACGAGCUGGAAAGGAAGGACUGGAACACAGCCGUGAUUCAUCCUGUCUAUGGAAUGCUGAGAAACCCUCUCGAGGAGCAAGGGGGCGAGUCUCGCCACGACCGCAAGGACAGUGGUGUCUUUGUGCAUAGUGGAGGGGAGGGAUACAUCAUCGAACCAAUGGCCGUACCUGAGGCUGAUCAGAGGCCUUUUCCCAAUGCGGUUGGUUACAAGGAUGCAGGCCGAGAGGGUGUUGUCUAUAGCGCAGCAUAUUCAUCGCUUCAGCGUAUCGCCUCCAGCUUCUCUUGAAUCAUUUGCUUCCUUCAUUAAGGCCAGCCAGUACUGGCUGCCGUUUAUUGUACAUAAUCCGUAAAUACCAAU